GUCAAGUUGUAUCAUACAAAGGCAUGUUUGUAUUCUUUGUAAUUUGAAAUGUUUGAAUAGUAGUUAAUGGUUGCUCACGAAGUCAUCGCUUAAGUUAUAUAACGCCUUGAUAGGAAAGCCGGUUGGAUGUGUCACAUUUAACGCAGUAGGUUUUUCUGUAAGAUGAUGGAUUCCGACGAUGAAGACGUUUCGGAGAACGAUAUCCUCGACUGGUACAAGAGCGAAGUAGCAGAUAUUUGGGAUACGGCAACGGACUCAGCCUUUGCCGAUCUCAGUUCAAAUUUUACUGAGAUGUUUAGACAGGUCAUGAAUGAUGUUAAGCAGAGGAGCCAAUCCAGCCAGGUGCCAAAUGGUCAUGCAGUGGAAGUCAAUGGCCAUUCCUCUGCCAUGAAUGGUGUUCAUGAACAGCAGCCAGAACCAGAAGCUACCACUAACACUGUGUCAGUCAGCACCGACCAGUUGAUGGCAAUGCUUCAGGAUGAAGAUGAUGAUUGGCUCGAGGACAGCAGUACUCCCUCACAGGAUGAAGAGCCGAUGGUUCUCUCUGUCCAGUUAACAGAUCCCCAAAAUCAAACUGAAGAGAACCAAAAAAACGUGAAGGGAGUCAGUCAGGAGAAUAAUCCCCUGGCUGACUCCAUCAUUUUGCAGUUUGGAAACACUUUUCAAACAGUCAUGCCAGCAUCACAUCCCUCAUCCUGCUUCUUUGUUCUACUGACUGCAUUGUACACUGUUUCUUUGACUCACAAACUAUCACAAAUGUGGUAUCUAAAAAAUAUUCAAGACUAUGUCUAUCCUGUCACAAGCCUGUUUUGGCUUGCCUACCCAUUUCUGACAGGUCUGCGUGAAGAAAGUUGCCUCAUCUCAAACCUGUUUGGCGAACACGGACAAAAGUUUGUUGAUCGUCGGUCUUACACUCAAGUAAUCGAACUUAAGAAGGAGAAAUCAACAGUCAUUAAAUCACCGACUGUAUGUUACAGCGGUAGUAUCCCCAUCGUGAAGGAUACCAGCGAUAAACCAAUAUUGGGAGGUAUCAAGGAAAUUCACUCAAAAAUGAGCCGAAAAUUAUUGCAAUUUCUUGGUGGAUUCAUCUCGAACCGAUUCUGGAAUUUGAGUAACCUCCUACCGCACCGAGAACUUCGGGCAUACAGCCAUAUUGAUAGUAUUUGUUCUAUUCACCUCUUUCAUCACUUGCGUAUUCAACUCCCUAAGUUAUGCCUCGAGGUACUCACACAGCUAUUAACAAGGACACACUGAUCGACGGAUGGCAGUUGCACAAAUCUUUACUCAAAGUGUACUACAAUUGGCAAUUGUGGAACCUGAUUCCCGCAUCGAUUAACAAAUUGGGUGGUGAAAUCAGUGUAACAGAUGUCAGUUCGUUUUUAUUAAUACACAAUACAGAAACCACA